AUGCCGCAGCUGACAGAAGUAGGCGCUCAUGCAGUGGUCCUGGGUCUCAUCACUAACAAUCUCCAGGCCAAGAAUCUGGACGACAAUUGGACCGGCAUGGCAGAUCCAGCCUCCCGCAGGAGGAGACAGAUCAGAUUGGGUACAAGGGCGUACCGACGCCGUAAAGCCCUCCAAGCUACUUCCAAAUCUGCAACCUCUGAGGAUACGGUGCCAUGCUGGGACGAGGAACAGCAGGCGGUCAUCCACCUGCCAGCAUCCCUGUUCCGCGGACCAAGCCACGGCCGGAGACCUAUUCUAAAGCUAAGCUCGCUGCCCAUACGAGUUCGGUUUCCACUUUCCUCUGAUCACUUGAUCGUCCUUAUCCAACUCAACGUGCUUCGUGCGUACCUGACCAACGGUCAGCUCCUCGACGGCCUGGUGCCCAGUGCUCCUCACGACUGCUCCAACGGCUCGGUGCACACAGUCCCUCUCAACGGCAACGUAGCAGUCCCUCCGACAUUGGCUCCCACAAGGAUGCAGUCCAAAGUCAUGCAUGAGCGCUGGGUCGACAGCCUGCCUCACCCAGUCUGGCGUGACAACUUUCUCAGGGCCCUCGGCACCUUUGACGAAGAAGAGCUUGGCAGGGACCUCUUGGGCGAUCUUGUAGACACUGUCACGCUCCCGGAUGACGAGAGGUGCGGUGUAGUUGUCUGGUCGCCGCCGUGGCAUUAUGAGGGCUGGGAGCUGACGGAGGGCUUCGUUCGCAAAUGGGGCUGGACCAUCAAGGGUUGCCCGGAGCUCCUGGAAGCGACCAACAAGUGGCGGUCGUCCCGAGGCGAAGAACGAAUCUCGCUGCUCGAAGAAGACUAA